UUCAUUUCUCUCUCUCUUUCUCUAUAAGUUGUAAGGUUUUGGCUAUGGAGAUUCUGAAGAACAAAGCCAUGGAGGUAGCCAUGAAAGUAAAAAAGCUUGGACAAGAUGAUCCAAGAAGAAUCAUUCACUCCAUUAAAGUUGGAGUGGCUUUGACUUUGGUGUCCUUGUUCUACUAUUGGAGGCCUCUCUACGAUGGAUUUGGAGCCUCUGGGAUUUGGGCUGUCAUCACUGUUGUAGUGAUCUUUGAAUUCACUGUGGGUGCAACUCUUAGUAAAGGUUUUAAUAGAGGUUUAGGAACAUUGUUAGCUGGUGGUUUAGGAGUGGGAGUUGACUAUUUGGCUAAUCUCUCUGGUCAAAAAGGAGAGCCCUUUGUUUUGGGCGUCUUUGUUUUUCUUAUAGCUGCUUCAGCUACAUUUUCAAGAUUCUUCCCAGGAAUCAAAGCAAGAUAUGAUUAUGGAGUGUUGAUAUUCAUAUUAACUUUUAGUAUGGUUUCGGUUUCGGCGUAUCGAUUUGACGAGUUCUUGAUGAUGGCGUAUCAGAGAUUAUCUACCAUUGUUGCUGGUGGAGCAAUUUGUAUCAUAAUUUGCAUUGUUGUAUGUCCUGUUUGGGCUGGUGAAACGCUUCACAACUUGGUCACUUCAAAUUUGGACAAGUUAGGGGAUUACCUUGAAGGAUUUGGUGGGGAAUAUUUUUACUGUUGUGAUGAUGAAGAACAAGUUACUUCCAUUGAAAAAGACAAAUCAUUCCUUCGAGGAUACAAAGCUGUACUUAAUUCUAAAAGCAUGGAAGAUUCCAUGGCAAACUUUGCAAGAUGGGAACCAAAACAUGGCAACUUUAGCUUUCGUCACCCAUGGAAACAUUACUUGAAAAUUGGAUCCUAUGCUCGACAGUGUGCCUACCACAUCCAAGUUCUCAAUACCCACCUCAAUUUCCAACCACCAAACCUAUCUCAAUUUCGAACAAUCAUCCAAGUCCAAUGCAACACCCUUAGCUCAGAAUCAGGAAAAGCCCUCAAAGCCUUAGCCACAGCAAUGAAGACAAUGAGUGAUCCAUCCCCCACAUCCCAAGUGCAUCUAAACGCCGCCAAAUCAGCCAUCAACGAUCUGAAAAACUGCCUUAAAUCCGCCACAACACAAACCCCAGAUGAGUGUUCAAACCUUCUUGCAAUAAUUCCGGACGCCACGGUGGCUUCCAUUUUGAUCGAGAUCGUUAAAUCAGUGGAGGAUUUGUGUGAAGCAGUGGGUGAGCUGUCCGUAAAGGCCCAUUUCAAGAGCGUUGAAGGCAGUGUGGCGGUGGAGAAGCCUCAAUUGCUUCACAGAGGAGCUAUAAAGCCGUUUGUGGAAGCUGAAGAUGAAGGUGAAAAUGGGCACGUUGUUAUUACCGUGAGAGAAAUUGACAACGAGGAUUCACCACAAAAGAAGGGUUCUUCAGACACCAAUGGAUUGGUAAAUAAAAAGUAGCUUUUUUUGGGUUAUUAAUUGAAUGUUGUUGGUAGAGGGGGAAAGUAGAAAGGAACCUUUUGGAGGUAAAGUGGGGUUAUGUAUUAGAUUGUGCCUUACACUGUCACCAAGGAUGGGGGUUUCUUAUAUUUAUGUAACAAUCUUAAUUAUGCAAUGUAAUCAACUAACCACCGUUUGCUUA